AUGUCGGACUCGGACACAGACCUCUCGUCCCGGUUCUCCCCAGGAUCCCUCAGCGCCUCCCGGCAAUCCCCUGUGGCCCAUGAGGCUGAAGGCGACUUCCCAGGCUUCAUGAGGCUGCCUCCAGAAAUCCGCCACCAGAUCUACCUGGCCGCCAUCCCCUCGCCCGGCGUCAACUUUUUCAAUGUCCACAGCUUCCCGAAUGACCACAAGGGAGCAAACCGGAGCGAUUCGCCACCUAAUCUGCAUCUGGACCUGCGUCGUCUCUCCAUCGAGGACGACGACCAUGCCGUGGCCCUGUACGACCCCUCGGCCUGGCAGACCAGGCACGCCCUCCGUCAGACCUGCCGAGAGGCCCGGCUCGUCUGUGCCAUCCCCGAGGACAAGAUAAUACGCCUCACUCUCUCGCUUCCGAGGAGGGGCUUGUUCACCCAUGCUGGCGAUGGCCUGCAACGCUCCAUGACGCCACUGCAGAAGGACCCCCUCCUCCAAGCCGAGUCUGUCGUCUACCGCCAAGUCGAGGUGCAUGCCGAUGAUAUCGUGGCCUUGUCGGUGGAGAACUGCAGCUUCAACAUUGUCUUUGAGGAAUCCACCAUGUUCCACGUCGGCCGCGAUGACGAUGAGGACGAGAUCAAUCUGGGCUGGGCGUACGACCCAGAGUUCAAGGGCGGCCGGCCGCUGGGCAUCCCGAGGCAUAGGUUCUGUCUCAACCUGGCGCGUGACGACUGGGCCACCAUGCGCUCCAUGGAGGAGAUCAGCACCGCGCUCUUCGAAGCCGCCACCGGAGGCGCGAGCCAGAGUGGCAGUGGGCUGAUCAUGCUGGAUGACGAGCUGGAGACGAAUAAGGAUCGCGUCCGCUCGCAAUCCUACACCCAGGAUCCCCUGGGGUUUUGGGACCGCUGGGGAGACCACUACAUCACUGUCCCUUGGUCAUACGAGGAUCUGGGAAUGAAUACACAGCUCAUCAAGGCCGGCCCUGAGAGGGAGCAGAUGCGCACAAGAUAUCUGAGGUCGGCCCAGCUCAAGAGCCCGAAACGGCCAGUAGACUCUCAGAGGCCUAGGGAUCCUUGA